AUGCAGAACGGAGACGUCGUGAGGCAGCGGCCCCCCCGGGUCAUCCAGAUCUCCCGCACCGCGGCCUUCAGUGCCUGCCACCGGCUGCACUGCAAUUCUCUCAGUGACGAGGACAAUAAAAAAAUCUUCGGCAAGUGUAACCACCCUAACGGACACGGUCACAAUUACCGAGUGAUCGUCACUGUACGAGGAGAAAUUGACCCGAUCACUGGGAUGGUCAUGAACCUGACAGAUCUGAAGAAAUACAUGGAGGAGGCCAUUAUGAUUCCUUUGGAUCAUAAAAAUUUGGACCUUGACGUUCCUUUCUUCCAAUCCGUUGUAAGUUCCGUAGAGAACGUAGCUGUAUUUAUUUGGGACAGCCUUAAGAAGAAGCUUCCGCCCGGACUACUUUAUGAAGUGUGCGUGCACGAGACAGACUGCAACAGUGCCACGUACAGAGGGGAGUGAAUCUGCACCUGCAGAAAUCCAGAGUGCCAGAGGCUUCCUCUGACUGAAUGGAGUUUAGCCCCAACUGUAUGACUGCGCACAAAAUACAACCUCUAGCCAUAAAACUACGAGCUUCUCAAUGUGUUGAGAUACAACUUCAAAGGUCCAAAUAGUUUUAGUGCCCUCUAUAGCUAAUUUUUUGAGCAUACAUUGCUACCAGUGAGUAUUUUCAAGGUAAAAUUCUAUUUUGCAGAGAAAAAAUAUAUUUAAAAA